AUGAGCUUCGGGGAGCGCUCCUCGUCUUACCGCCGUCUCUUCGGGGACUCUCCGCGGUUCUCCGGCGGGACCUCGGCUCGCAGCGCCAUGGGGUUAAGAGCCAUGCCCGGGCCGCGCUUCUCCUCCUCGUCCGCGGGGAUGUUCCGGAGAACAGGCCGCUCCGUGCCCACACUGGUGCCGCUGAUUCACACGGACUCACUGGACCUGAGCCAGAGCACCGCGGUCAACAAUGAGCUGAAGAUCGUCCGGACCAACGAGAAGGAGCAGCUGCAGGGCCUGAACGACCGCUUCGCCGUGUUCAUUGAUAAAGUCCGUCAGCUGGAGCAGCAGAACCACAGUCUGGAGCAGGAGCUUCUCACACUGAGGCAAAAACAGGCCGACUCCAGGGUGAACCAGGUCUACAAGGAUGAGAUCAGGGACCUGCGAGCCCAGAUCGAGACUCUGAACCGGGACAAGAACAGACUGCUGGUGGAGCGCAGCAACCAGGACGAGGAACUACAGCGUGUGUGUGCUCGGCUGGAGGAGGAGACAGAUCUUCGGGCCCAAGCGGAGGCCUCUCUGAAGGCCUUGCGGAAGGACGUGGACGAGGCUGCAGCGGUCAGACUGGACCUGGAGAGAAGACUGGACUCUCUGACCGACGAGAUCGCCUUCAUGAAGAAACUGCACCAGGAGGAAAUUCAAGAGCUCAGCAGCUUCAUGGAGGCACAGCAGGUGUCGGUGGAGGUGGAGCGGUCCACACCCAACCUAACCUCUGCUCUGAAGGACAUCCGGAGCCAGUACGAGUCUAUGGCCGUGAAGAACCUGCAGUCUGCUGAGGAAUGGUACAAGUCCCGCUUUGUGAGUCUCUCUGAGCAGGCAUCCCGGAGCAGUGAGACUGUCCGGCAGAGCAGAGAGGAGCUGGGAGAGUUCAGGAGACAACUACAGACCAAAACCAUCGAGAACGAGAGUCUACGAGGAGCAAAUGAGAGUCUGGAGAGACAGAUCAGUGAGAUGGAAGACGCGCACACGGCAGAGGUCACAGCACUGCAGGAGACCAUAGCUCACCUGGACGCAGAGCUGAGUAACCUUAAAGGGGAAAUGGCCCAACACCUGAGAGAGUAUCAGGACCUGCUUAAUGUCAAGAUGGCACUGGAUAUUGAGAUCGCCGCCUACAGGAAGCUGCUGGAGGGAGAGGAGACUCACUUUAACUCCGGACUUUCAUUCGGAGAUUUCAGCCCUCAGCCCAGAGUCACCGGAGGUCCGUCCCAGCACAGAGAGUCCAAACGGGGCAAAGAGAGCAGCGCGAAGGAGGUCAGCGCGGAGGAGAAGGAAGAGGAGCUCCUUACCCAAUUCAACGAGUGAGAACAACGAGAAGAGACCGGAGCAGAGACAGGAGGGAGGAGAGGGGUAGCGAGCCAACAAAGCUAUGUUAAAUGGACAUAUUACUACUACUACUAUGUAACUUUUCAGGUGUAGGAUGUGCCACUUGCUUGUCUCUAUGGAGAUGUUUAUAGGUUUCCUGGAAAGUUAAUCUAUUUUCAUUAUUCAGGUGGAGAGAGUAACAAAAAAUUGUACUCAA